CAGCGCUAUCCUGCUCUAACACAUACCGCAUUUGCCAUUGCCUGUGUCAGGAUAACCAUCCUCACUACAGUUUCCCUGCUUGGAUUCUAUUGCCGAGAACAUUGGAUAUGUGCGCGCGGAAUUAUGAGAACCCAUUUCCUCCAGUCAGAAGUAAGAUAAAAUAGGGUUUUGCACGCAUUGGAUUAACUCAUCUCUUUCCUUAUGAAGAAGGCAAACAUUUGGAUAAUCACUUGUGUCUAUCUAUUAUUUUCUGCCAUUUUUGCUGCAUGUUCAAGUGGAAUUGGAAAUCCUAUAACAGAUGAUGUCGCUUUUGUGGUGACACAUUUGAAGCAUAAUAUACCAAAAGAUUACAAGAUUCCUAUACAUUAUAUUCCCAAAGAGGAGGGUGGUCAUUGUUGGGUUGAGCUAAAUGUAUAUCACCUGGAGGAAAGCUUAAAAGCACUGGCACAAAUGUUUGGAAACAUUUCUACCAACAGAGAAAAUAUUACUAUCAUUGUUCAAAUGCUGCAGGGUGUGCGGUUUCGCAUUGGCAAUAGUGACCUGGAGGUGCUAAUGGCAGAGUUUGAAUGCCAUUAUAGAGAAGAAAAAUGGCAUACUGGACAUUAUUUUCAAUAUUUGGAGGACUUUUUAAUUGCUGCACGUUAUAGAACAGGAAAAGAAGACUGUGAACCUCGUCCUUGCCCAACAGCAACAGCAACGACGACAACAACCAGUCCAUCAAUAACAAUAACAACAGGCUUAGCUCCCCUCUCAAGCACUGCUGUGACAGAAGACUGCACAGGGACAAGUUGCAGUACAUUACCUGGCCCGGAGCCCAUGUUGCAGAUAGUACAGACAAGCCUUGCAUCAUUGCUGCUGAUUCCACUGGCUGCCAUUUUGUUUCUGCUAGUGUGGAAGGUUAGAGCAAGGAGAAAAGGCAACAACCCUGAACACCGCCCAAAAAUGAUAUUCAUCAAAGAGGAAGGAAACAUGCCUUCUUUAGGCGUAGAAGCACCUGAAGAAAAGACCAGAUUGAACACCAUGGAAACAGUGUAAUUCCACUACACAUUGUGGAAUUCGGGUGAUUCUACUGAAGAUCCUCUUAAAACUCAACAACAACAUAGAAUACUUCCUGCUAUUCUCUGAAGUGAAGGACUUGUUUUGGCCUCUCAUCAUAACUAACCCUCCAACUCAGACCUGGACCCCAGCUGAAUGCCGUCUCCUGUGAACCCAAGAGAUUAUUCAGUACAAGACAUCAAUGUUGUCAGAGCAGAAAAGUUUCCAGCACUGCCAAGAGUGGCGUGGAUCUUCCUUUCAGCAUUGGCAAGAGACAGAUGCCUGAUAGAUCCAACAAGGAUUCAGUUUCCUAAAACUUUUCCUGCUAGGAGACGGGACAGUUUUUCACCCAGUGCGGUGACUGCUUCCAGGCUUUUGAGCAAACAGUGCAAACAAUACAGAAUGCUAUCAAAAUUCAUUGCUUUCUUGCAGUUCAGAAGAUACGCUGACAGACCUGGAGGAACUGUUUGUCAAUUUUAGCAACCUUUGAAAGCUGCCAAGCUGCAAAUCUGUGACCCAAUGUUUUUUGCACGUGAGGAUUUUUAUGUGGUGAAGGGUCUCAUGGCUUUGAGAAAACUAUAAAAACAGAAUGGACAAAGAAGAGACACUAUCGACAGCUUUUUUAAAUAAGAAAUAUAUUUGUUAAUGACUACCUCCAGUGCCCCUUGUCUUUGUCCAAAUUUCUAACCAUAUAAAAAAUAAUCACUUGUGUUUCCUUGAUCUUCAUUUUCCUUGGACCAUCUCAAUCUAUGAAUGUUGGAAAUAGUCGCUGAGACAAAUACUCCUAAAGCUGUGUACACUGAUAUAUGGACAAUAUAUGGGGUUGGAACAUUCCACUUUGAUUUUUUUUUUUGGCCUUUCGUUAUAUCAUCAGUGUGAAUUAUUUAUUGAGUUGUAACAGUACUAUUCUCUGUAGGCUGGGGGGCUCUCAGAACUGUGACAAGAAUGGGACAAUAUGCGCUGCUUUCCAUCUUAAAACAGAUUUUAUUCCUACAUAGUUCUUCAUAAUCGUAACCUGUUUUUGGUGCACAUCAAUUACAUAAAUGAGGCUUUCUGAUACUGGCUUUCAAAAUUAUGUAAAAAUGCAUAAAUCACUUUACAAUUAUGGUCAUUAUUGGGGACAUUUCUCUGCACCAUGCAAGGAUUUAUCAAAAUAUUAAUUAAGUACAUAUGUCAUUAAUGCAAAUUAAAGUUGUAGCCUUUACAUCGACCUUUAGCACCGAACAUAUAAAAUUAUUAUCAUUUUCAGAGAAGAUUGUAGUUGAAAACAAGUAUAGUUUAUCAUGCUUUUUACAGAAACAAUAUCAUGGCAAUAUUGCAGGCACAGUUUUAACUGUGUAGUCACAACUGAUAUGUGUAAAAGCAAAGUGAUCAUUUUACCAGAAAACAUCCAGAUGCACCUAAUUUCUGGUCCUCUGACUUAAAAAUCUGCAAAUAUCACCAUAACAGACGAUGGUAUCAGCACUGGACUUGCAGGACAUAACACAGCAUGUAAAGUCUUUCAUUCUCAAAAAGUAUGUCUCAUCAAAUAAAUGCCCUUAAUAUAUAUUAAA